CAGCGUGUGUGAGUGUAUGUGUGUGUGUGUGCAUGAGAGAGAAAGCGAGAGAGAGAGAGAGAGAGAGAGAGAGAGAGAGAGAGAGAGUGGAGGCGUACAGCUAUGCAAAGACCGUGUUGUGGAGUUAGAUUGCCAUUACGCACUAUUACGCAUUGACAGCUGCUUUCAAGAAAAGAGCGCUCGGCGCAAAGGAGUAGAAUUUUGGAUCCCUCACAUCUAAAGGGAGAAGACAGAAGUUUUUCAUCAACAUUCGGCCGAUCUCCAACAGAACGGCUUGAUCUUCAGUCCAGCUGCCAUUCAUCCCCACAGGAAUGGUGGAUCACUUGCCACUUGGUGAGGAGACCUUCCUGUAUUACACCGGCUCCCCGGGGUCUGUCUACAACUGCCUCUGUCGCCACGCCAGUGAUGGCGUGUCGCCAGGCACCAUGGUAACUGACGCAUGCCUCUACGACCACCAUCACCACCACCCCUACCAAGGGGUGACACUGUCCUCCUCCCCUCACCUCUCUGAGGAUGAUCUCAGCGAUUCCUCCAGCCCUCGUUCCUCUCUCUGCUCCAGCCCUGAGUCCUCGUCGCCGACAUUGCGGCACGUUCUCGACUCUAGCUAUGAAAGCAGGAGCAGUGGGAGCUGUAGCUCCUCAGGAGGAGAGAGUCAAGAGAGUCUGCUGGACCUGCUCCUCUCACAGACCUCCCUCACCAACUCAGCUGUAAUCUCUAAUGCCAGCAGCAACUCUCAUUCCUCUCCUUUAUCUUCCUCACUAUCCUUAUCUUCCCCAACCCCUACUGCCUCCUCAACUGCUCCUCUUUUACCCAUGGGUCUGGCUUGGGAGUCCAAGAGGGAGCAGCGACUGAGUCUCCUCCAGCAGCAGGCCAAGGAAGACUGUUAUGAGUUCCCUGUCUUCCUGGAUGGGCUUCAGGAUCCUGCGGCACUCCUCUUUCAGCCCACCCUGGAGGAGAUUGAGGAGUUCCUGGAGGAGAACAUGGUGGUAGCAAUGGAGAAAGAAGAGGAAGGGAGUGAUGAGGCGAUGUCGACAACGUCAGAGGAUGCUGAGGCGGAAAGUUCAAGGACAUUAGCAGGAGAACUCGUCUCAGUGUCACAGAACUCUGAUCAGACUGUGCCCGUGGCUCAUUCUCCACUCACCUCCAACACAGAGACCAAACAUACUCCAUGUGUUGACAUGGAUAACUCACCAUCAGCAGUGGAUGUUAGUUGCAUAACUGGCUCUGGUUCCUCAAGUAGUGAAGCUGAUGAGAUCAAGCAGGAGGACUGUGGUUCACCGCCAGCCUCAUCAGAAGCUACCAGUGCUGCUUCCGGUGUGCCUGUCAUCCUACAAAUCCAGCCCCUACAGAUCAAACAAGAACCCAACUCUAGUGCCAUAUCAGAUGCCAUCACCCAGCAAACCAAAACCCAGAACACCGAAUCCCAGCCAACUCAGGCCCCAUCGGAUAUCAAAAUUGCCCAACUCCUGGUGAACAUCCAGGGACAGACCUUUGCCUUGGUGCCUCAACUGCUUUCCCCGGCAAAUAUUACUGGCUCAGGCAAAAACGGAAGCGCUGCUUCGUCCAAAUUUGUCCGAAUCGCACCUGUACCCAUUGCGGCAAAACCCACUGGGCUUGGGGACGGUGGGUUAGGUGGAGGUUCAGCUGCAGGGGUCCUUCCUGGAAGUCAGAGGUACCAGAAAAGUGCAGUAGCAGAUCUUAUUAAAAUGCACAAGUGCUCUUUUCCCGGCUGUAAUAAGAUGUACACCAAGAGCAGCCACCUCAAAGCCCAUCUGAGGAGGCACACGGGGGAGAAACCCUUCGCCUGCACAUGGCCCGGCUGUGGAUGGAGGUUCUCUCGAUCUGACGAGCUGUCCCGACACCGUCGCUCCCACUCCGGAGUGAAACCAUACCAGUGCAUCGUCUGCGAGAAGAAGUUUGCCCGUAGUGAUCACCUGUCCAAACACCUCAAAGUCCACCGCUUUCCACGAAGCAGCAGGACAGGACGCUCUGCAAACUGACUCCUUUGACCCCCCGCUCUGACGGACUGACGCUUUGCAGAAAAGGAGGGGGUUAGGAGGAGGAGGAGGAGGGGGAUGUGUGUAUGCGUGCGUCUGUUUGUGUGUGACGAAAGACGGGCGGGUGAAAGUCCAAACACCUUUUAAAGGAGUCUGUGCAGAACUCUUUAGCUUGUGUGUAUGUGUCUGUGUGUGUGUGUGUGUUUAUAUUCAAAUAUGUACGCGUGACGUACAUUCAUGGUACUGUGAUAAUUUAUUGGGUGGAGAGGAAAAGACUGUAAAAAGUGAACUAAAACAGAAAACUGUUACUUGACACAACACCCUCACAGGUGGAAUAAGCUUCUUGUAUAUUAAAACUUUCUUUUAGCUAAUCUAAUUUGAAGAAAAUUGCUAUUCAGAGUAUUUUUACACUUUGAGGUGUGUGUUAUUAUUAUUGUUGGAGUCAAAGCCUUAUAUCAGUCAAAGUUGUAUCACUAAGGGGUCUGCUACUAUUUAAACCCCCCUGUUUUUUUUGUUUUUUUUACCUUGUGAGGUACCUGAUCUCAAAAACCCAUCACUUAAUGGCUUGAAUUUAAUUUGUUGCCCAAAAACUAGAGCUCACUGGACAUUGGAAACUUUCUGGGCCUUGGUUUAAUUCUCUCUCCAUAGACAGCAGAGUGAACGACACAUCAACAUUCCUUUAGCUUUGUGUAAAUGUCUUUGUUGCCUUUGAGUCUCGUUACAGGAAAAAAACACUGUAGUAACCUCAAGCACAAAAUAACAAAGCUCAAGUUCAUGUUGAAUUACUGCUCACCAACAUUGAUCAGGUCGCUAUGUAAUUUGCACUGGCACACAUGAGAUGUCUGACUGUCUGCCCAUACAAUGUAUUUGGAGUAUUUUUUGCGGAGUUUAUCAGACUAUUUGUCGUUUUUAUGGCCUUAUUUAAAUCAAAAUGAAUUGAGGGUGCAGCUUCUUUCGGUGAAAACAAAAUAGUUCAUGCCAAGGUUUGAAACAAAAGUAUUUGUCUGUUGUUCUGUCUUCAGAUAAUUAUAUAUCACAACAUUUGUUUUCUGGUUUGUAAUGUUAUGUGGUGCCAUGUCUUUUAUUACUUUAUGUCACUUUAUUUACUUCAUGUCACUGCUGUGAAAAAAUGCCUAAAAUGAUACAAGAUGGCAAAUGUACACGGCUAAAAGGAAGGAAAGACUAGUUUGAACGCACAAUGACUCAGCAACACACCAGUUACACGUGGUAUUAAAAUCUUGACAUGCUAUUCCGAUCGUAAAUAAUCCAAUCCAAGCCUUUGUAUUUACACCUGGUACUUUAUUGGGCUGUCGUUAUCCUCAUUGAGAUCGGAUCUCUGUCCUCCACAGUAUUGUGAGUUGCUAAGUUUGGGGAAACAUUCUGAACUUUGUGAAACGCUGUCUACAGCAUAUCCUUAAUUAUUUGUCCCCUCUUGUAAAUUCGGCAUU